AUGGAUUUCUUCAAUGCAAAUUUUUUGUCUUCACCUGCAUCGGUCGUUGUGGCUCUGUUAGCCGCUGCUUUCCUUUUCAACGAUGCUUGGCCGCGUCUGUCGCGACAAAAGAAAACCUAUAAGCUCUCGAAUGAGCCCCUCGCCAAGAGCAGCUUUGGAUCCGGCUUGAGUGUUAUCAAAGAGCCUGAGGUUCCAGAGGGUUGGUUGACCGGUCGCGAUGUCUUCGAACUGGAAAGGCGCGCAUUGUUUAGCCAAUCUUGGGUAUAUCUUGCCCAUCGCACCCAACUCACAAAGCCAGGUGCAUAUCAGUCAUUCGAUCUCGCUGGAUUCCCCGUCUUUUUGAUCCGAGGAAAAGACAACCAAAUCCGCGCGUUCCACAACGUCUGCCGUCAUCGUGCUUAUACAAUUACCCGAAAGGAGACUGGCGCAUCAACUGUUCUCGGUUGUCGAUAUCAUGGAUGGAGCUAUGACACUACGGGAAAGUUGGUCAAGGCUCCCCAAUUUGAGGAUGUUCCUGGGUUCGAAAAGUCACAAAAUAGUCUCUUUGAAAUCCACACUCGAACCACCGAUAGCGGACACGUUUUCGUGAAUUUGAAUGCAGGAGAAGCAAGGGUCUUCGAAGAUUCCACUCUUUCGGCGUUGGGCUCGUUUUCAAGCACUGCUGGUAUGGGGUCAUCCGAAUGGGUCACAGGGCAGACAUUAACAGCGAACUUUAAUUGGAAAAUUGGACCAAGCGACCGUCAUUAUACAGGUCUCGCUGAACAGCUUGAAGAGCAAGCGUCAAAGGCAGUCACAUCAUCACUAAUAACCAAGCUUGUCAGAAUCGCAAAACGCACAAACAAAGAAGCCAGCCUCUCACUUUUUCCGAGCACCUUCUUGUACUCUUUCAAAGAUGCUGGUCUGUGGCUUUCGGUGUCUUUCCUUCCAGCUUCCGAGACAAGCACGCACAUACGAUAUGACUUAUUUGACUGCGCCCCGGAGAUGACCACCGAUGAAGGUGCUCUUGCUCGGACAAUCGAGGCAACGAUGCAAGAUUUCGUCAAGGUCCUUGAGGCUGAAUAUAAAUCUGUCGCAGGAGAACCAACAGACAUCUCUCCAGCUAUGCGCGAAAUAUUGGCUUGUGUGCAAGAGCAUGCGAAAUCAGAGAGAGCUCGGGGUGGUCAUAUUUUGCCCGCGAUGCAUCAGCCGAAAGGGAGCUCCCUUUUCCAACAAGCUGAACAGCUAUGCAAAGAGUUGGAUUGUUCUGGACCUGGAUCGCAUGGUAAUGGGAAUGGCACUGCAUCUGGAGAGCUAGACUGGUAG